CACACGUGUACAACGACACAAAGCAGCAGCAGUGUGCGACAAGCAAGACAAGCAUCAUCAGCCCACACUCAGUUGCUUUGUUUGUGCAAAGGUGCAAGCGAAGGUGUAGUUCUGCAGGAUGGAGCCGUCCAUGUUCUUGGAGCUGCUGCAGCAGUCUGGCACAGCCAUCCGCCCUGCCCUGUCCACGUUCAGCAAACUUGGGAAGCGUCCAACUACCCAGGAUGACUUUGGCGUGCUCGUGGCCGCCCUGCUGCAACACGACCCACAGUGUGACAUCAUCUUCAAGCUGUGGGAACACGAUCGCACCAGGAAUCAGAGCGAGGAUGCCCCCAUCAUCCUGGAUUCUUUGAGCGCCAUCCUGCGUUACAUCAAGCGCCGUCAUACCGAGGACGAAGGCAUGACCCUUGUGCACCGUAUCCUCAACAAGCACCAGAAGACACUCAACUACAACAUCAACAUCCAGCGCGUGAGCGUGAACAAGGCCGCCCUCAACCUGCUCAUCGCCAUGGUGCGGCUCGGGGAGACGGCCGCACGUGCCAUGUACCGCAGCCUCGACAUCUCCCAGGCGGGCCUUGCUGCCCUGGCCAAGAAGCGGUCCGCAUUUGACCGCUGGAGCGUGCGCGCCCUCUUUGUCUCGUACGUCACCUCCUUCUUCCACGUGGAGAACCCGGACAUUGUUGCCUGGAUCCUGCAGCAGAAGCCUGUCGUGCAGGGCCUCUUCAAGGAAGCAGAGAAAGACCCCAAGCACACGGUCAUGACGCUGCUGGCGGGCCUGCACCUGGUGGCCUCACGCGAAGACAUCAAGCGCAAGCACAAGCUCGCGCUCUUCACGCCACACCACCUCAUGAUCCUGGGCAACCUGUACCACUUUUCCGAUCCCGUCGCUGCCCGCAUCAAGAAGGAGAUCAAGGCACAGCAGCGCAAGCAGAGGAAGCAAGAGCAGAAACAGCAGCAACAGGACGAGCAGCACAACCAAGACGACGAUGAUGAGGGUGCACGUGGUGACGGCAACAGUAACGGACACCAGGACGGGCAACAACAACAACAACAGCAGCGGCAGUUCACCCCCCAUUUCAAAGAGGACGAUCGAAACGUUCCAGAGGCCGUGCACGAGCUGCUGUUGCUCCUGUGCACAAACCAGGCUGCAGGCCUGUGCUUUGUGCCGCCGGCAACACACGCCGGCGCUGUGGACUGGCGCCAGCCGUGGGUGUCGGACACGUGCGCCAACAGCACCAUCCAGCACCUGCUUGCCACCCUGCGCACACCGAGCACGCUGGGCAUGGCAUUUGAGCUGUUUGUUGCCGCGUGCUACGCUGCACCGGAUGUGGUGCCGCUUGUGCUCACGCCCACGCUGGUGCCGUGUGACGACACGCUCUCGCUGACCAACCUGGCCAACAUGCGCCUCACCUUCAGCGUGCUGCGCCACCCGUCGCCGCCAAUCCGGCACCAGAUGUACGCGUGCGUGGACUACCGUGCAGCCAUGAUUGUGCCGCCCAACAUGGCCCGCUCCCCGCUCACGCGCGCCCUGCGAUCCCAGAGCGCCGUUGUCGUGCACACGGCUGCGGUGACGCUCGUGGCCUGCCUCGCCCGCCUUGCUGACGACAUUGAGGUGGUGGCCCAGCGUGACCUGCAAGCCAGCGAGCAAGCCGAGUUCCAGCAGGCGCUCAGGGCUGCCGUGCGCAAGCGGCUGCCGGACGCACAGGUGCUGGUGUCGCUGUACACCACAGGGCACACAACACGCCUCUCCGCGAGACAGCUGAAGCAGCAACAACAACAGCAGCGCAAGCGCGACAAGAAAAACAAGAAGGGCAAGAAGGGCAAGAACAAUGGUAGUGCUGCUGCUACCGCUGCCGGUGCGGGGGCAGGUGACACCGCUGCCAUCGAUACCAACGCAGAACCAACACGCUUUGCCGACAGCACGCUGGGCCUGUUCCUGCAUGCGCUCGCGUACUACCAGCGCUUCUUCCCGGACGCGCUGUCCCGCUUCGACCUUGGCCGUCUGCUGCCGCGCCCGCGCGUUGCAGUGCAGAUGUCGCCGCUCACACUCAAGCGCCUGUUUGGCGUGCUGCGCGAGGGUGCAGCCGUCACAGACUGGCUCAAGCCCGGCGCUGCUGCUGCUGCUGCUGCUGCUGCUGGCGAUGGUGAUGAUGGUGAUGGUGGUGAUGGCAGUGGUAAGGGAGGAAGUGAUGGCAGCGAGCAGCCUGCGAAACGCGCAAAGAAGGAACAGCAGCAACAGCAGGAGGAGAAGGAGGAAGGUGAGGGUGCGUCCAACCAUGGUGCUGACAGCAAGGUUGAGACGCGUCUUCACCACAUUCUUCACAUCCACGCACGUGCGCCGCCGUCCUAUGCCCGGUUCACGGCCAGCUUGCUGCAAGGCAUCUUUAGCGAAACGGGCGCCUUCUCUGGGCCGCUGCUGGCUGAGCUGUCGGCGUGGUGGGGCGACGUGCCGGCACACACAGCGGUGAUUGACCUGCUCGUGGACACAUACACGGCCGUGCUCACUAACCCCAUGCGCAUUGCCGAGGACCUCCUGCACACGGCGACCGCUGCCGCUGCAACUGCUGAUGGUGAUGAUGAUGGUGGUGAUGAUGGUACAACGACGACGAUGAGGACAGGGAAGGACGAGCCUGUUGUUGAUGUGAGCGCCGUGCUGUUCAUGCUGUUGAAACACGCCGCUGCCUUCUGCACACAACACGGUGCGAAUGACGCUGCUGUGGUUGUUGCUGCGUACGUUGCUGAUGUCGUUGUGCGCGUGAUGGGUGCCCACGCCUCGCCGCUCCUCGCCUACAUUGUGCGCCACCAUUUCUUUGAGCCGCUUCGCUCCAAUCCCGCCCUUGAGCCCGUACUCGCCUUGCUCCAGCGCGCCAUCACCGCCAUCAACAGCGCAGCCGCCAAGGACACAGCAGCAGCAACAGCAGCAGUAGUGGACGGGCACGUCGACGGUGAGCAGCACAUGCUGCCUCUUCCGAGUAUCGAUAGUGACGCGGUGGUGCCGGUUGUCCCACACGCCAAGGCAGCGGCUGCCGCUCAAUUGCGAACGCUGCCCACAAAUGCGCUCAUUGAGCACAUUGUCCAGCGGCUUGUUCGCACCGCAGCAAGCGGCAACACCGCUUUGGGUGGUGAUGCCGCCAGUGAUGCUGAUGCGGCUGUUGCCAUGGCUGCUGCGGCAACGGACACGAAGAGCGGCCACCUGUACGCCCGUGGCGCAGCUGCAACGCGCAUUGGGUGCAACCUCGUGCUUGCAGGCACACCAACGCCGGCGCUCAGCCACACAGGUGCAGCCGUGAAUGCCCAGCUUGCACCACGCAGCGCAAAUCACAUGCAGGUGCUGCUGGCGUGCUUGCUGCCAGCACCAACAGCGAUGGCGCACAGCGACGUCUUCACUGUUUCGCCACUCCCACAAUUCACGUGCACGCUUGAUCUUCUGUGGGCGCUGCGUGGCCUGACCAUGGCCGUGCAGCGCUGCAGCGCUGGUGCCGGCAGCAACGGUACUGCGCCUGCUGUGUCGCCCGCAAUUAUGUGGCUGCGAUCGCGUGUUGAGGACAUCAACGCGCAGGUGCAGCUGUUUGUGGCCUCGCACCUGUCCAACCGGGGCGCAAGCGUUGGCGCUGCACACGCACUGCGGCUGCUCUACCCGCUGUGUCUGAGCGCGUCCACGCCAGACAUGCUUCGCUACGGCCUUGCGUGCAUCGUGGGGAACCUCACCCGCCUCGUUCGUGCUGCCGCUGACAUGUCACCCACGUGCGCGAGUGUUUUACAGAAGACGCUGCUCUCUGCAGCCGUCUCGCGCCAGUGGACCGCAGACAACAGCGCAGCACCAGCACCAGCACCAGCAACAACUACAACUACAACAACAAAACACACAAGUGCUUCGUCGUCAUCACAUCGUCCGCUGCUGACAGCGAUGGCCCUGGAUGCCGACACGACCAUCACGGUCGGCGUGCGCGAUUUGCACACCGUGCUUGUGCUGCACGUUGCCGCGGAGAGUGAGCAUGUGCAGCAGCUGGUGCACAGCUGGCUGCUCUGGCUCGACGCCGACGGCAAGAACAAGGCACCGUCCCUGUCUGAUGUCCUCUUCCUGCGCGCUGUCCUGCAUUCUACCAAAGCGCGUGGACUGCAGGUGCUGAGCCAGGCUGCACUCAACCUCCUCUACUCGCUUUGCGAAACCGCGGACGCGACAACCGCCCUCGCCAUCGACGCCUUGCUCGAAUUUGCCGACAUUGCCGAACCAGACGUCUUUGUGGCCGCCGUCAGCCGCCUGUCCGCCUCGCUGCUACGCGCGUACAUUGCCGACGCCUCUGAGCCGCGCAUUAUUGUGCUGCGCCAAGCCAUCGACACAACGCCAGACAACAGUACCGAAAUUGUGGCCGCGGCAAGGGCUCUGCCAUCUGUGCUGGACGCUCCGCUGUCGCGGUGUUUGGUGGCGGAGAGCAUUCUGCGAGAAAUGAACUUGGCAGCCGUCACAGAUGUGAAUGUGCUGUCCACGCGCGUGUUUGACCGCGAGCACGACGACGGGCUAUGGUGGUGGCUGGACGCUGUGAGAGAGGCGCGGGCAACACCCAUCCCAGACGCCAGCGCGCCGGUUGCUGCAGCCAUUGGCGCCAAGGUUGCUGCGCUUAUUCAUGACGAUGCGAGCGAGCUGACGUGGGCCGAGGUCGUGGUUGCCCUCUCUGUCGCCGGCACUCGCAACGGGGCUGGUCCUCAUGACCUGCCGCCAAAACCACCCAGCUCUGUUCCACCACAGCAGCGCGUGUUCUCGCUUCUUCUUCGCCAUUUUAUCGCUGGCGCUGAUGGCGGUGACAACAGUGCCUCCACCGUGGCGCUGCUGUCGACGCUGGGGCGCCUGCUCGGAUGCGCCACUGAGGGCAUCAGAUCCAUCGACCUCUCGCUUGAGCUCGUGUCACAGUCCUUCCCGUGUCCCCUCGCCACGGCGCUGGCCACGCAGUCCAUUGCGCUUCUGCUUGAUGCGCCCCCAUCCGACACUGCGCUGCGCACCGUGAUCAACAAGCGCAAGGCGGCUGCGUCGUUCCUCGAGGCCGUCAACGCGUUUCUCCAGACGGUGUUUGGCGAUGUGCUCUACGACUUUGAGCCCGAUCUCGCACGCGCGUGCCGGCUUGUCCUGGCACUGGGCAAUGACGUUGAGGUGGCGAGUGGCUGCAACAUCAUCUUGGAUCCCCCGCGAACGGCAGCGCUGUUCCUUCGCAGCUCGUCCUUCCGCCGUGUGCUCACUGCCCUGCUUGGUGCACAGGAGUCAACACUCACGUCCAUGUCGCCGCAGCGGCUGGCUCGUGCGAAGAUAGAGUGCCUGCUCUUUGUGCGUGAAGUCAUUGAACGACAGCCACAGUUGAUGGCCGGUGACAUUGGGCACCUUGUUCUCGACGCAUACACAGGAAGCCUGUCCACAGCGGACACCAUCUGUCUCAAGUUGCUGCUGUUUGCGGAGAGCGAGGGGCUGAAGCUGUCUCGCAUGCUGCUCAUCACGGGCCCGGGCACGUCAUCCGUGCGCAGAACAUACCUGGGAAAGCUGUCAACGGUGACCAAGGACCCCAUGGCUGUGGAGGGCCUCGCACGGCUGGAUGCAACGCGCCUCAGCUACACGGCAAAGCACAUGCACGUGCUGCCCGACGUAGCGCGGUCUGACGGAAGCAGUGAGCCUCCCACACCACCGUCAGCCAUCAGCGGCAGUGCAGUGGAUGUGUCCACGGUGUACGACCCAAUGUACAUGCUGCCACUUCUUCGCUCCAUCGUCACAUACGGUGGUGAGGAGUCGCUCAUUGAGUUUGUGGAGAAGCAGUGUGCGCGCUUCUGCUUUGCAGCGCUCAGCUCCCCCUCCCGCCGCAUUCGUCUGCUCGGAUCGGCCACGCUCGCCGCAUUUGCCGCUGCCGUUGCCAAAACCCGCAGGAAGGAGCUUCGUCAGUUACAAACGACGGUUGCCCUUUUCCGCGACAGUAUCACGGAGCCCGGACAGCUGCUUCCAGGAAUCAUUGGCGCAUUUGCUGCCGAGUGCUGUCAGCUCUCCCUCCAUGCCACCGACCUCCCCAUGUUCACCAUCACCAUGAAGUUUGUGGCAUCACGCCCCACGCUGGACUUGAAGGAUUUGCCGCUGUUUCUGUCGCUGUUCAACUCCUCCAGCCUCACACAUCGCAAGGAGCGCAUCUGGAUGCUCCGACUGCUGGCACAAGGCUGCCGCAACCCUCUCGACCUGGCCUUGCUCAACCGCCGCCACGCCGUGGAUCUCGCCAUGUCCUUCUACCUCUCCCCGAUGUCCGACCACGUUGCCCGUCUUGCUGUGUUGGACUUCCUGGCAGCGGUUGCUCAGGUGGAUACGGGCGCCUCCAUGCUCAACAGAUAUGGCAUUGUGGCGUGGAUUCAGCUUGCUGUCGGGCUUGUUCAGGCCGCAGAUUACGCUUCUUAUUACACACGUUUGUUGCGCCUGUUUGCGCCCAUCAGCCGCGUUGCCCGCGAGGAUUGCCUUGAGCCGGCGUUUUGCCAUCUCCUCUCUGGCAUCGUGCAGGCGGCGUCACACGACAGCCGACUUGAAAGCAACGGCGCUUCUGAGUACCACGCCACCCUCGUCAGCAACGUUCAGCAGGCGGCUGCGUGUUUCUCAAAGCCACUCUCGCAGCACACGCGCCACGUCUUGGACCAAGUGAACAGCACUCUCACGGCCGCCUAG